AUGGAUGCCGUAGAUUUAUUUAGAAAACUUGGAGCUGGGGCGAAGUUUGAUAUUAAAAGGUUUGGGAAAGAUGCCGAACGAUUUAAGGUGGUGAGGUCUCAGAAAAAAGAUGGACCAUCUAACCCUCUGACAGGAAUCAGCUUCUUUGGCACAAAGACACAGGGUCAUGUCCCAGAAGCUGAUGUCUGUGAAGAAGAUGAGGAGACUAAUAACCAAGAGUUAAAGACGUCGGAGAACGAGCAAGCCUCUCGCAAGGAUAAAAGGAAAAGACACGAUGAUGAGGGUCGUCUGAAAACAACGCAAAAGAAGAAAAAAACAAGUAAAAAGCAAAUCAGAGAUGAAGAGAUUCUCAGUGGUCAAGAUGAAGAGACAGAGAGUGAAGGAAUAAAAUGGAUCUCUGCACUAGACAAGAGAGUUCAGGGCCCAGACACAGAGACGAAAGACAAGGACAAACCCUCACUGAAGAGAUUAAAACAGCUCCAUCAGGAAAAGAUUAAUCGGGUACGGCACCAGAACAGGAUCAACGUGCAUGGUACAGACAUUCCCGAUCCACUCUGCACGUUCGAAGAGCUGCAGCAGGAGUAUCAGCUGAACGCACGAAUCAUCGAGAACAUCAAGGCGGCCGGCUUCCAGGCUCCGACACCCAUUCAGAUGCAGGCCAUUCCCCUCAUGAUGCAUAAGCGGGAAGUGUUGGCGUGUGCCCCUACAGGCUCUGGGAAGACCAUGGCCUUCUGCCUGCCUGUCCUCGCCCACCUCCGCCAGCCCCUCAACAAGGGCUUCCGCGCCCUGAUCAUCUCGCCCACCAGAGAGCUGGCCAGCCAGAUUCACAGAGAGCUCGUCAAACUGUCUGAGGGUCUGGGUUUUAGAGUGCACAUGAUCAACAAAGGAGUUGAGGCAGCUAAAAAGUAUGGCCCCAAAUCGGCGAAAAAAUUCGAUAUCCUGGUAACCACCCCCAACAGGCUCAUCUACCUUCUUAAUCAGGAGCCACCUGCCAUAGAUCUCAGCAGUGUGGAGUGGUUGGUGGUGGAUGAAUCAGACAAGCUGUUUGAGGACGGAAAGACUGGUUUUAGAGAGCAGCUGGCAACCAUCUUUCAGGCAUGCUCCUCUCCCAAAAUCCGAAGGUCGCUCUUCAGCGCCACGUUCACCGUAGACGUGGAGAAGUGGUGUCAGCUUAACCUGGACAACCUCGUUUCAGUCAACAUCGGGCCAAGGAAUUCUGCUGCAGAGACCGUGGAGCAGGAACUCCUGUUUGUGGGGGCAGAGAAUGGGAAACUUCUGGCUAUGAGAGAUCUUAUAAAGAAGGGUUUUCUUCCCCCGAUGCUGGUGUUUGUCCAGUCCAUUGAACGAGCCCGAGAGCUGUUCCACGAGCUGGUGUAUGAGGGCAUCAAUGUCGAUGUUAUUCACUCAGAACGCACUCAACAACAGAGAGACAAUGUGGUGAACAGUUUCCGCUCUGGGAAGAUCUGGGUGUUGAUCUGUACGGCACUGAUGGCUCGUGGUAUCGACUUUAAGGGCGUAAACCUGGUCGUCAAUUACGACUUCCCCACCAGCGCUGUCGAGUACAUCCAUCGAGUUGGGCGUACUGGAAGAGCAGGGCACAGGGGAAAGGCCAUCACGUUUUUCACGGAGGACGACAAACCUCUGCUACGGAGCAUUGCUACAGUCAUAAAGCAGGCAGGAUGCCCAGUACCUGACUACAUGAUGGGAUUCAAAAAAAUACACAGUAAGGUGAAACGACGACUGGAGAAGAAACCUCCGAGGAGGGCAACGAUCAGCACCACUCCUCGUGUCGUUAGGAAGAAAAAACGUGGGCAGUUGAAGAGAAAAAAGGGAAAAGAGGGUUCCAAAGAAGGCUCACAGGUGCCUAAAGAGGUCGCAGAGAGCUGAGAUGUAAAGGAGGAAUUAGAUGACCUUAUGCUACAUAUUUCUGUAAAUGUUUGGAAAUAAAACUGCAGCUAAGCAUUUUUA